AUGGCAUUUAUAGAUCCUGAACCAGCAGUGGCAAUAAUGCCGUGCUGGGUUAAGGGAGUUGUGAAUGCAGGGAAACCGCAGAAGAUUGUAAGUGGACGAAUUGUGACCUACAAUGAAUUUCCUUAUUUAGUAUCACUAAAACAUAUGAAUGAAGAAUCAUUGGAACAUAUUUGUGGAGGUGCAAUUAUUAGCAAAUGGCAUAUUUUAACUGCAGCACAUUGUUUGGACAAUAAAACUUCUAAUGAUCUAUAUGUAGCAGUUGGAACCAAUCAUCGCGAUUUCGGUGGCGAUAUUUAUCCAAUUUCCGACUUCGCAGUUUCAAAUGAAUACGAUGAUGAUGACGAAUAUUAUCUAGGCGAUAUCGCAAUUCUUCUCUUGGAGUAUCCACUAGAGGUAAAAUCUGAUUCUUCCUGGAAAAUUAUUAAAUUAGCAAGUGAAAGUUAUCCUGUGGGUACUGAAGUUGUUGUUGCCGGAUGGGGUGAUACUUACUUUAAUUCAACCGAAGGAUCAGAAGAUUUGUUGCACAUUCACACACAUCUUGCCGACGUUUCAGAAUGCGAAAAUGGUGCUAAAAUUCGAGAAGAAUAUCAUUUAUGCACUCUCUCGACUAAUGGAAUGGAUGCUUGUCAAGGUGACAGUGGUGGUCCAUUAGUAGCUAACGGAGAACUAAUUGGACUAGUAUCACAUGGAGAGGAAUGUGGCAUAUAUCCUGGAGUGUAUACUAACGUGUUUAAAUACAAAAGUUCUAUUGAAGAAACAAUUGCAUUAAAAACGUGA